GGCCGGGCCGCCAGGCCCUCCCUCCCGCUUCCUCUCCCGAGGGCUGUCCUGGCAGGGGCCCCCCUCGCACUUUCUGGCGGGAACAGGGCCAGCAGCGAGAGAACAGUCGCGGAGGGAAAGCGGGAAAGAGAUGGGGAAAGUGUGUGUGUGAGUGUGCGCUUGUGUGCAUGUGUGUGCGUGUGUGUGUCAAGGAAAGAGCCCGCAGUCCAGCAGCCCGAGGCGGGAGGCCUUUCGUAACUGUCCCCUCCCCGCGGCCCCCUCCCCCAGGCCUCCCCCCUCUCCCGCCCUCCCGCCCGCCCUCUCUCCCUCCCUCCUUCCCUCGCAGCCGACGAGGCAGCAAUUAGGCUUUGGGGAUAAAACGAGGUGCGGAGAGCCGGCUGGGGCAUUUCUCCCCGAGAUGGCGGGUCUGACGGCGGCGGCCCCGCGGCCCGGAGUCCUCCUGCUCCUGCUGUCGAUCCUCCACCCUUCUCGGCCUGGAGGGGUCCCUGGGGUCAUUCCUGGUGGAGUUCCUGGAGGAGUCUAUUAUCCAGGGGCUGGUCUUGGAGGCCUUGGAGUAGGAGCGCUGGGACCUGGAGUCAAACCUCCCAAGCCAGGUGCUGGACUCCUUGGGGCAUUUGGGGCAGGUCCUGGAGGGCUCGCAGGCGUUGGCCCCGGGGCAGGGCUCGGUGCCUUCCCUGCAGGGACCUUUCCGGGGGCUCUGGUGCCUGGCGGAGUGGCUGGCGCUGCUGCAGCCUAUAAAGCUGCCAAGGCUGGCGCCGGGCUUGGUGUGGUCCCAGGAGUGGGUGGCGUCCCAGGUGUUGGUGGCGUCCCAGGAGUUGGUGGCUUAGGAGUGUCUACAGGUGCAGUGGUUCCUCAGCCUGGAGCCGGAGUGAAGCCGGGAAAAGUGCCAGGUGUGGGGCUGCCAGGUGUAUACCCAGGUGGCGUGCUCCCAGGCACAGGAGUUCGGUUCCCCGGUGUGGGAGUGCUCCCUGGUGUUCCUACUGGAACAGGAGUCAAGCCCAAGGCUCCAGUUGGAGCUGGAGCUUUUGCUGGAAUUCCAGGAGUUGGACCCUUUGCGGGACAACAACCUGGAGUCCCACUGGGGUACCCCAUCAAGGCCCCCAAGCUGCCCGGUGGCUAUGGACUUCCCUACAGCACUGGGAAACUGCCCUUUGGCUAUGGGCCUGGCGGAGUGGCUGGUGCAGCGGGCAAGGCUGGUUACCCAACAGGGACAGGGGUUGGCCCUCAGGCAGCAGCAGCGGCAGCAGCUAAGGCAGCAAAGUUUGGUGCCGGAGCCGGAGUUCUCCCUGGCAUUGGAGUGGGUGGCGUUCCUGGGGCAGCUGGUGCAAUUCCUGGGAUUGGAGGCAUCGCAGGCGCUGGGGCCCCAGCUGCAGCCGCAGCUGCUGCAGCCGCCGCCGCUAAAGCAGCCAAAUAUGGAGCUCCUACAGGCUUAGUGCCUGGCGGGCCAGGCUUUGGCCCGGGAGUAGUUGGUGUCCCAGGAGCUGGCAUUCCAGGUGUCCCAGGCGCUGGGAUCCCAGGUGCUGGGGUUCCAGGAGUUGUCUCUCCAGGAGCUGUGUCACCAGCUGCAGCUGCGAAGGCAGCCAAAUACGGUGCAGGGGCUGGAGUCGGAGUUGGAGGCAUUCCUACUUUUGGGGUUGGACCCGGGGGCUUUCCCGGCUAUGGUGUCGGAGUUGGAGGCGUCCCUGGAGUCGGAGUCGUCCCGGGAGCUGCCAUUUCCCCUGAAGCCCAGGCAGCAGCUGCCGCCAAAGCUGCUAAGUAUGGUGCUGGGGGCGCAGGAGUGCUGGGUGGGCUGGUGCCAGGUGCCGGAGUCGCCGUCCCUGGUGUGCCAGGAGUCGGAGGAGUGCCAGGAGUCGCGACCCCAGCAGCUGCCGCCGCCGCUAAAGCAGCCGCCAAAGCUGCCCAGUUUGGCUUAGUUCCUGGUGCUGGCGUAGUUCCUGGUGUGGCUCCAGGAGUGGGCGUGGCUCCCGGAGUGGGCGUGGCUCCCGGAGUGGGUGUGGCUCCCGGAGUGGGUGUGGCUCCCGGAGUGGGCGUGGCUCCCGGAGUGGGCGUGGUACCUGGUGUGGGCAUCGGCCCUGGUGGAGUUAUAGGUGCAGGAGCCCCAGCUGCAGCAAAAUCUGCUGCCAAGGCAGCUGCCAAAGCCCAGCUCCGAGCUGCAGCUGGGCUUGGUGUUGGCGUCCCUGGAUUUGGAGUUGGUGCUGGUGUGCCUGGACUUGGAGUUGGUGCUGGUGUGCCUGGCUUCGGGGCAGUACCUGGACCCCUGGCCGCUGCUAAAGCAGCCAAAUAUGGAGCAGGAGUGCCCGGGGCCCUUGGAGGGGUCGGGGCUCUCGGUGGUGUGGUGGGUGAGUUGAAACGCCGGGACGGGCUGGGUGGGGAGGGAGGCUAACCUGGACAGAGUCCCUCCCUGAACCUGAUCUGUGUCCCCAGGAGCUGGACCCGCUGCCGCUGCGGCUGCAGCCAAAGCCGCUGCCAAAGCUGCCCAGUUUGGCCUGCCGGGAGCUGCUGGGCUUGGUGCUGGAGGACUCGGAGUUGGAGGGCUUGGAGUCGUCCCAGGUGUUGGGGGCCUUGGAG